GAGAGGGUGGGGGAUUUUCCAAUUUUCCCCUCCCAUUUAGGCAUUUAGCUAUGUCGUUUUCUUUUUUUGAUCCCCCCCCUUUCAAAAUUCAUGUCUACGACACUGCUCCACUCAUCAAAAAUUUAAAACUUCAAAUACCUACCUACUUAUGACUCAUAAGUCAUAAACUAUCCGCCCUAAAUUCAAUUUUUAUGUACCUAUCGAAAUACUUAAAAAAAUAUUCUGCUUUGGAAUAUAAAAUUAAAUUUUAUGUAAUUAUGUUGUCAUAAUUUAUCAUCAACUGAGUUAAACAUAAAUAUUAAAUACUAAUAUACUAUAACAAUAUACUUAUAGUAAUCAAAAUUUUCAAGGAAGAAAUCGGAGUGUAUCGAAACAUUAGAAAAACGAAACCACGGACCAAGAUUAAAAUAUACUGUAAAUAAUAUGUAAAUCAGUUGUAUACCAUAAAACAAUGUACUUGUAGUUACUGCAGUAUUUGUUAUACCCUAGAUCAUAUACAAUGGAUGGAGCCAUGUGUGUAUUUUUUGUAUACCGAGCUGUGUCGCCUGUGUCCAACAUAACCCCCCCACUACCUAUUUCAAGGUACAACGAAUUAUUGCGCAUGCGUUGCGCCUAUGCCGCUUUACAUUCCAUCCCCACCAUCCAUUUGAUUUCAAGGUACAACGAGUUAUUACGCAUGCGUUUCGCCAACAAUCACUAUAAAAUAACUAAUAAGCGGGGCGUUAUGUUGGACACAGCAAAUGAUUAAAGUCUAAAGAAGCUCCAUCCAUUGUAUAUGAUCCAACUGAUCCAAGUCUUGAACACUCAAAUAGUCAAAUCUGAAAUAAAUUUCAUAUAUUCUGUGGUUUGAGUGACGCACAUCAAUUAAACAUGCAUCGGCGAUGUUGUUUUUUUUGCCAGACUUCAGCAUUCAAAGUGCCAGGCCUAAUAUUACACAAUUUCCCAAAAGACUUAUCACUACGAAAUAUUUGGCUAAAACGUUGUGGAUAUACCGAAGAAGAAUUUUUUCCGUAUAACAAACUAUGUUCACUACAUUUCGAUGGAAAUUCUUAUAAAAACACUAAAUUGAGAAAGUUAUUAAAAAACAAUGCCAUUCCAACAAAAUUUAAAAAAAUUUCUAAAUUCAAUUUUGUUGAAUAUGAACAGUCAAGUUUGGAGAUGACAAUGAAAGUGUCUGACCAGACAGUUGAAUGUCAGCAGUCUAUUUCAGAGAUGACAAUGAACGUGUCUGAACAGACAGUUGAAUGUGAACAGUCUAGUUCAGAGAUGACAAUGAACGUGUCUGUUCAGAGAAAGAAUAAUUCAAAUUUUGUUAAUACUAGAUUACAUUAUUUAAUGUUAGCAGUUGAAUGUGAACUGUCUAGAUUGGAGACAAAAAUUAAUAUGUCUGAUCAGACAGUUGAAUAUGAGCAAUCUAGUUCGGAAAUGACAAUAAAUGUGCCGGUUCAGAGCAGGGGCGUAAUUUAAAUUUUUUGAAAGGUAUACUAACAACUUCUCAUAUCCAGUACAAUAAAAUCAAGUACUAUGCUUCAUUGAGCAAUUAUUUUUUAGUAUUAUGAAUCAUAUUAUAAAAGGUAAACAGUUUUUGUUCAUUCAAAGAUUUGUUAAAGAUUUACAACCAAUAUAAGAUACAACCUGUAUCUUGGCUGAAUCUGCAUGAUCCAAUGGUAUUAUUUUUAUAAUUGUUUUAUUUUUACAUACAAUUUUAUACAUAGCUACUAAUUUUACUAAUAUAGUAAUAUGCCUUCCUGUUUUUUGUGUGACUCAUUUUAGUCCAUAAAUCUUUUGUUAAUUAUACAUAUUCAUAUUUUUCAUAGCAUUAAUGAAAUAACAAAGUUUGUUUCUAGAAAAUUUGAAGUCAUCAUAACGAUACUAAGAAUUGGCCACUCUCAAAUCUCACACAGUUUUUUAAUGGCCAAGGAAGAACCUCCAAUAUGCGCAACAUGCGGUGUCCAAAUCACCAUUAAACAUAUACUCACCGAAUGCCGUACAUACCACAACCUCCGAUCAAGCCUCAACCUGCCCGAAUCACUCGCCAAAAUACUCUACAAUCAUCCCAAAGCCAUAGCCGACAUCAUGCAAUUCAUCACAGCAGCAAACCUUCAAUCAAAAAUUUAAAAUUAAGUUCUCUUAUAGUAUAUUCAUAUUUAACAUUAAACAUGUAAUUUAAACAUAUUAUGUACCGAAGCCCAAUGGCCAAUGUUGCCGAGGGCUCUUUUCUUCUAAAUAAAAAAAAAAAAUAGUUUGUUUCUAAACUAUUUUAGAAUUUUUGAGAAUUUUCAUUCAUAUAAAAAACAUUUAAAAUAUUAUAGUCAUAAAUUAAAAUGGCCAUCAUCAAAAUCUAAUUUCAAAUAACAGUAACCUAGAAAUACAUCAACAAGAAUUAUCUAAUUUGAUACAUUUUUCCUAUUAUAAACACAGAAAAAAUUCUUUUUUUCUGAAAAUAUUGUCUAAUUAACUAGUUUUUAGAUUACUUAUAAGAAAAAUUACAACAAGUGCUUUAAAAUUAAUUAGUAAACGGUAUUAUAAUAAUUCUAUCCCAAGAAAUAUAGUACAGACUUUGCUCGAAGAUAAUACUAAUUUUAAUGAUUCUUUUUUAAAUAUCUUGAUACAAAAAGUUCUUAAUAUUAUUACUAAUUUUGCUCCAUCAAAAAAUACUGAAGGAUACAAUGAAAUAUUUAAUGUUUUGUAUUUCUUAAUGAGAUAAACAAAUUUGUUACCAAUUUUAUACUUUGUAUUUUUAUGUACACUUUCAAUCAUUUAAUAUUACACUUACUAAUUCAUUAAUAAUAUUAUAAAUAAUUUUUACCCGAUCAUGGGAAAAUGUAUAGUUCAAGAUGAGUGGUUCUUAAAAAAGGAUUCUAGUAAUAAUAACAUUAAUAACAUUUCAACAUGGGGGCGAAAACAUUCAAAAUACACGGGUUUUUUUCAUUGCUUGUGCUAUUUUAAAUAGUCACUUUAGUUAUGUAUUUUAAUGUAUGUGUGAGAUGCAACAAAUCACAUUUGUAUUUGUUUUCUAUGAACUAUAAUUUCUUCAACUACUUAUUAAUUCACGAUAAAAUUCUUUAACGUAUGAACUCUCUAUUGUUUAUUUUUUUAGGUAUAAUUUUAUCAGACUUCAGAAAAGACUAUUUUGAUAUUUUUUUUUAUUUAUACCAGCAGUUUUAUUAAAUCUGAUUAAUUUUUGUUGUGUUAAUUUUGUGUAUAAUUUGAAAAUUAAGGGUUUAUUUAUUUUAUUUUGUUUUUAAUGUAUUGAUAUUCAUUUAAUAAGAAGAGGAUAUUUUUAUAACCAUUUUAAUGUUUUUUAUUAUUUAUACCAUCUGUUUUAUUUAAUUUUAAAUGAUGUCAAUUGAUAUGUUAAAUUUUUUUUUAACAUACUGUUAUAUUUUUUAAUGUAAAAAUAAAUAUUUUACUUAAUAUUUCUAAAUAA